UGUCAAGUACAUAUUCCACGUAUAAAAUGAAUACUAAUAAUUACAACUGAAAUACGUAAAAUUUUAUUGUUUUAUUGCAUUCCUACAAACUAUCUUGUGAACUAUCAAAAUGAUGAUGGAUUAUUUUGUUACAAAUAAUUCUUUGGCACCUGCACCCAUGGGAAUUCAAAGUACAGCAGGUGCAGUACCCGUAAAAAAUGAUAAAGGGGAACUUUCAAUGAAAAAAGUAAAAGUUCACCGUUAUGUCUCUGGAAAACGGCCUGAUUAUGCACCAGUAGCCAGCUCAGAAGAAGAAUCUGAAGAUGAAGAUUUUUUAGAAAGACGUGUACAUAAAAAUUAUGAAGAUAACGAAGCUUCUGUAGAUGCUCCAAUACAAUCACAGGUUAAGAUUCGAGAUGAAGAUGAUCCACGCAUAAGAAGAUUAACACGAUUAGAAAAACAAAAAGAAUCCAAUAUAGAAAUUCGUGCAGAAAGACACAGGCAUAUUCAUGAACCAGAAUUGAUCGAAAUUGAGCCAGAGCGAACUAGAGAAAGAAUUAAACUUGAAAGUUCAGAUUCAUCAGAAGAUGAAGAAUUGUCAGAUUCGGAAAUUGAAAGAAGAAGGGAAGCCUUAAAACAACGAGUCCUAUCAAAGAAAGAAAAUGAAGAAGAAUUAAUUCAUGGAGAAGAAGAUGAAAGAUCAGGUGAUAGUUCAGAAGAAAGUUCAGAAUAUGAAGAAUAUACAGAUUCAGAGGAGGAGACUGGACCAAGAUUAAAGCCAGUAUUUGUUCGUAAAAAAGAUAGAAUUACAGUAAUGGAAAAAGAAAAAGAAGCCAUGAAACAAAAACAAGCAGAAAUUGAAGCCAAAAAAAUGGCUGAAGAACGGAAACGGCAAACAUUGCGGAUGGUAGAAGAAGCAAUAAGAAAAGAAGCACAAGUUGGUAAAAACACAAAUGAAACUGAAGGAAAACUUGAAGAUGUUUGUACAGAUGAUGAAAACGACGAAGUUGAAUAUGAAGCUUGGAAGUUACGUGAAUUAAAAAGAAUUAAACGUGAUCGCGAAGAAAGAGAGCAGCUUGAAAAAGAACGACUUGAAGUUGAAAGGAUACGUAACAUGACGGAAGAAGAGCGCAGACAAGAAGCACGAUUAAAUCCGAAAGUAAUUACGAAUAAAGCGGCCAAAGGGAAAUACAAGUUUUUACAGAAAUAUUAUCAUCGUGGUGCCUUUUAUUUGGAUAAAGAAGAUAAUAUAUUCAAACGAGAUUUCUCUGGUGCAACGUUGGAGGAUCAUUUCGAUAAAACGAUUUUACCGAAAGUUAUGCAAGUGAAAAACUUCGGCCGUAGCGGUAGAACCAAAUAUACUCAUUUGGUGGAUCAAGACACUACUCAGUUUGAUUCACCUUGGAUUUCAGAGACCGCUCAAAAUUUAAAAUUCCAUAACAAUCAAGCAGCUGGAAUGAAACAAAUAUUUGAUCGGCCAUCUUUGAAAAAACGAAAAAAUGAAAAUUAGUUGUAUUUUAUGAAAUAUUUAGAUUAAUUAGAUAAUAUAUUUAAAAAAUAAUUAAUACAUAAUAGUUGUAUACAUAACAUUAGUACAUAAAAAUCUUUUGUAUAAAAUAAUUUUAAAUUUCAUUAUAUUUCUUAUGUUAUU